GGCUGAGGGGAAAAUGGGGCUGCUGGGUAAAAAGUGGGUACGGAGGUACGGAACUAUAGCCUAGGCACUAGAUGUCAAGUAGAAUCUGAUGAAUGUAAAGGCAAACAACUUAGAAUCGUUGUAUUAUUGCGAGAAUGAGGUUACACCUGUAGUCUACCCGGAUCAAGAAAAUUUAUGUUGAUGUUAACUGAACUCGCGUAUAUGGGGUCUAGCUGCCAGGGAAAAAAGAAUAAGAAGAAGCAACGCAAACAGAAAAGGGGCACAGGUGUCAGUGAGGAUCCUCCUGCUGUAGGACUGCAGGAUACUUACUAUGAGGAGGGUCCACAGGAAAUACCUCCACCUCAGACACCAACACCACCUCCAGUCCUUUUGCCGACCUUGCUGUCUCCUGAACUGCCAGCUGAACUUUUGGGUUCUGAUGAUGAAGAGCAGGAGGAUCCCAGUGACUACCGCCCAGGUGGCUACUACCCAGUGAAGAUUGGGGACUUGUUUAAUGGAAGAUACCAUGUGGUUCGCAAGUUGGGAUGGGGGCACUUCUCCACAGUGUGGCUUUGCUGGGAUAUACAGCGGAAGCGGUUUGUUGCACUGAAGGUUGUGAAGAGUGCUGAACAUUAUACUGAGACUGCACUUGAUGAGAUCAAACUACUGAAAUGUGUGAGAGAUAGUGACCCAAGUGAUCCAAAAAGGGAGACCAUUGUACAGCUCAUUGAUGACUUCAAAAUCUCAGGAGUGAAUGGAGUUCAUGUUUGUAUGGUAUUGGAAGUUCUUGGUCAUCAGCUGUUGAAAUGGAUCAUCAAAUCCAACUACCAGGGCUUGCCUUUGCCAUGUGUCAAAAACAUCGUUUACCAGGUACUUCAAGGACUUGACUACUUACACACCAAGUGCAAGAUAAUUCACACAGACAUUAAACCAGAGAACAUUCUUAUGUGUGUGGAUGAUGUUUAUGUCAGAAGACUGGCAGCAGAGGCCACAGUAUGGCAGCAGUCUGGUGCCCCACCACCAUCUGGGUCUUCAGUAAGCUCUGCUCCCCAGGAGAAGUUGAUUGGGAAACUGUCUAAAAAUAAAAAGAAAAAACUGAAGAGAAAACAAAAGCGUCAGGCCACUCUGUUGGAAGAAAGACUGAAAGAUAUCCAGAAACUAGAAGAACUAGGGGUGUGUCACGAAAGCCCUGCUGAACAAACACUGCUUGACAUACCUCCACAUGAAUCAUCAAGGGAUUCUGAAAUUAAACAUUCAGAUGAAGAGGAUGGCUGCAAGGGAGGAGCAUAUAUUAAUUCACAUGAUAAAUGCCAAGGAUGUGAUGUCACCAGUGGUACUGUUUGCUGGACAAAAAAGUGCCAUAACAGUGGGAAUAGUGCUAACCUGGUUGGUGCCUGCAGCCCAGAGAGUGUUGCGUCUUCAAGCACCUUUGAGCACAACAACCCUUAUGCAAACUGUAAUGGCUAUGACUCCUGCCGUUUUGUGAGUCCGGACUCCCAGCAGUCUGGCUUCUCAAGCUCAUUUUUUUCACCUACAUCUGGAUCAGCACUGUCAGAUUUUUCUGGUGGAAGAGAACAAGCUGAACUAUUUUCUCCAAACACUUCAUUCUGUUCUGCAGACUUCCUGCUGAAUCCAUUAGAUCCGUUGAAUGCUUCCAAAAUAAAGAUAAAAAUUGCAGACCUUGGUAAUGCUUGCUGGGUGCACAGACACUUUACUGAAGACAUUCAGACUCGGCAGUAUCGGUCCUUGGAGGUGCUUAUUGGCGCUGGGUAUGGUCCACCUGCUGAUAUGUGGAGUACAGCUUGUAUGGCAUUUGAGCUGGCAACAGGUGACUACCUGUUUGAACCACACUCUGGAGAAGAUUAUACUCGGGAUGAAGAUCACAUAGCACACGUUGUUGAACUUCUUGGGGUAAUUCCUCCCCAUUUUGCACUGUCUGGAAGAUACUCCCGUGAAUACUUCAACAGAAGAGGAGAGCUGAGGCAUAUCAAGAACCUGAAGCACUGGGGCCUGUAUGAUGUGCUAGUGGAAAAAUAUGAAUGGUCUUUGGAGCAAGCAGCUCAAUUCACAGACUUUCUUUUACCAAUGCUGGAAUUUAUUCCUGAGAAGCGAGCCACAGCUGCACAGUGCCUUCAGCAUCCAUGGUUAAAUUCUUAGCACUAUUCUUGCUGUGCAGAAUGACUGGGUAAUGUUUAGAAGAUGAAAAAGAGAGCUACAGCAUGGUACAUUAAAAAAAGAGAGAGAGAUUUUAAGAGACUACUAAAAUGAACAGAUUUUCCAUUGAUGCCCUUGAAGCUGCAGAUCUGUGGAAGGCCUGUAGUUACAUGUGAAGUGGUGGCUUGGAAAACGUACUGAAAAAACAAACAUAGAUGAGUUCUACAAGUCUAUGAAUAGAUAAAGGAGAGUACCACUGAGCAGUGUUAAAGCUUGUUUUAUAUACUACAUGAUAAAGCUGUUUAACUUU